UUUAAGAUACAUUAUCACAAAAUAAUUAUAUGAAGAAAUAUUAAAUGUGUCAUUAUAGUGUUAGUGUUGUUUAUUAAGCUACGCUUUUUUUUUUGUCACCGAAGAUCUGGUAACAUUUGUUGCUGCUAUUGAGCUCUCUCUCUGUUGAACUUUAUAUUCGCAAGUGCGAGUGAGAUCAGCGGUUAAGCAGCCGUAAUAACCGUUAUAACAAUCCGCGUGCUAUCUUAAAACUUAAAUAGGAAAAGUUAAGGCGUCAUUCGCCAACCAAUUGAAUAUUUAAACAUUAUUCAAAACUUUUGCGCACAAAAUGUAUACAGCCGUGAAACCGCUAUCGAAAUACUUGCAAUUCAAGUCAGUGCACAUAUACGACGGCGUCUUUACCCUUCAUUCGAAGUGCACCGUGGCCUUUCUCUUGGCAUGCACUUUUCUGCUGUCAUCGAAACAGUAUUUCGGUGAGCCGAUCCAAUGUGUGAGCGACUUCAGUAACAUGGAUUUUGUCCACUCUUACUGCUGGACCCUGGGCACCUACAUAAUGAACUACGAGGAGCCCCUGCUACAACUGAGUGGCCAUAUAGUGGAGAAGAAUUAUAGGGAAACGAUCAACCGAUCCUUGGAGAUGAAUCUGUUGUACAUAGCGGAGAACACCACGCCGCUCUUGAACGUGCCCAAGGACAGAAAAUAUCUACGCUACUAUCAAUGGGUAGUUCUGGUUCUGCUGCUCGAGUCUUUUGUCUUCUAUUUGCCAGCGUUUCUAUGGAAGACCUGGGAGGGCGGCCGACUGAAGCAUCUCUGCCUGGACUUUCACAGCAAUGUGGGCAAACAGUCUGAGGAUCAGAUGAGUAAGCUGGUUCACUACUUUACUUCCAACUACAAGGAGACACAUUUUCGUUACUUUUCCUUCUACAUAUUUUGCGAGAUUCUGAAUUUUGUCAUUGGAGUGGUGAACAUGCUGUUGCUUAACAUAUUCCUAGAUGAUUUCUGGUCUCAAUAUGUGGAGGCUCUAAAAGCCAUUCCCUCGUAUAACUGGAACGAAUGGACCCGCAUGACCUCGCGCGUCUUCCCCAAAAUAGCCAAAUGCGAAGUCAUCCGUUUUGGUGCCAGUGGAUCGCCCAAUGUGUAUGACAAUCUCUGCCUGCUGCCACUUAACAUUCUGAAUGAAAAGAUCUUUGCCUUCCUCUGGCUUUGGUUUAUGCUGAUGACUCUUUUGGCCGGCCUUAAGCUGCUCUAUCGCGUGGUUAUCCUGUUCCAUCGUGGCCUACGUUUUCAGUUGGUCUACGCCAAGGCCCGCAACAUGACUAAAUCGGAAUUGGAGAGCGCCUUAUGCAAUUUCAGUUAUGGCGACUGGUUCGUCCUAAUGCGUGUGAGUAAUAACAUAAGUCCGGAGAUUUUUCAAAAACUACUCAAUCAGCUUAAUGCCGCUCGUCACGGCAAAUUGGAUAAAGUUUAAAGAUAAUCGAAUCGAAACAGAUUGGCAAGGUAAAUUCCGAUUUACCUUAAACAUUAUCAUUAUCAGAAAUUGCAUUAUCUACAUAUUUUUUGCUCUUCGAAAUGGAUAUAUGAAAACUAUCCAAUUGACACUUAACUAUAUAUAAUUUCUAACUAUUUUGUACUUCCAAAUUAUAUAACCGAAAAUAACUAAAUUUAUGAAUAAAGUGUACCUUUUCAUUUUCGUAUGACUUCAA